GAUUUAGAAGAAGGACUUCGUCUCUUGGCAACCUUCUUCCUUUGGGAGGAGUUUAAGUUGUGGUUCUGUGUGUUGGUAAAUAAUCGAAAAGAAGGGGUUUGACGAUGCCUGAUAUAUGCUGGGUUGUUUUUCACGUGUAUGUUUUCAGUCCUGAUGCUCGUGGCCUUUUCCUGUACUGAUUAUCUUCGGUCUCCAAAAGUGCAAAUCAGGAUUUGGAUUAAGAGAGUUUGACACUGGUACAGAAUAGGAGCUACGAAGUGUGAUGAUAGUGUCAUUUUAAAAGUGUCAGAAGCUAUGUAGCAGGUUUUACAAGGAAUGAGUGCUGCAGAGCCCUGGUGUAGAAUUGUUUCAUUGCACCUGGUUUCAUGUUUUGUGUUAGCUGUACAUCAGUUCUUUAAAAGAACAGGAUUUUAAUUAUAUGCAUAUGAUGACUUCAGAUGUCGGCAUGCAUUCCCCUGAUGGGUUUGGAGCAGGACUGCAGCAUUCAGAAGAGCAGAAGAGUGAGGGUGUUUCUUUCCACAACUGCAGUGUAGAGCAUGUAGAAGUCCAGGGAAGCAAAAUUGUUCCAUCUUCAGAAGUGAAAGACGCAAGGCUCAAGUCGAAUGUGAACACUACAGCUUUGGGUAACGUGGGAAAACUAGAAAAUUCGGAUAUAUCCAGGGGUACUGGAGCAGUGUCUGAACAUUAUUCUGGUGACUCCCUUCACUACAGUAAUGAGGAACUGUAUUUUGAAAGAAUUGUCUCCCAAAGUCUCCCAGAGAAGGAAUACAGAUUGAAAGCUGAUGCAUCAGCAGAGAAUUCAGCGGCAGACCAUGCAAGCGGCCAGACAUUAGGGGAACAGACUUGUGUACAAGAUGGCCUUGCAGAUGGUGAAUCUAAAGGAAAAACACAGAGCCACCAAACAGACAGUAGUUUUGAAAACACACUUUGCAUACAGGGCAGUGGUGAAUCUGUUGCAUUCUUUGAGGGACCUGUUAGCCCUACACAUAUGAAAUCUCGGAUUAAUCCUUUCAAUAAUCUACCUGCUCAGGUGGCCGAGACACCUGGUCCUGCAGACACUCGCCAUGGACAACAUGUGAUGGCAGAGGUGUACAUUAAAAAUACUGCAGAGGAAGUGCAAAAUGUGAAGGAGCCAAAGUGUCCUCUAAAGCAGGUAGAUCCUGCUAAUCGUAUUUUAGGUCGCUUACAGGACAGUAAAAGUUUGGAUGCAAUAAGCCAAGUGUGUGACGGUGGCAGGGCCAGUAAUGGAAAACUUGAAGGAAGAAGAGCUACGAUUUCCAGUGCUUUGGAAUUGGAAGGGACUGUCAGCCAUGAGGGUAAUCUCACAAACUUUGUGGCAAACAAUCUGCAGAUGAAAAUCAAGCUGAGUUCCAGACAGAGCCUUGACUUAGACAACAGUAGUCGAAUCCAAGGUGUUUCAAGGAAAACUGCAGAUAUCCCACCAAUAGAUCCUGGUGUCCUGAAAGAUCUGGAUGUUAUGUCACAGGAUGUAGCACAGAAAGUAGAUUACAUGUUGAAAAGCUUGAACAGCAUAAUUCAAAAUAUGACUGCUCUGAGUGUGGGAUACAUUCAGACAUAUCGUGAUUCUGUGGACAGCCUUGGAGAAUCUGUGGACAUGAGUAUUAAAGGAAUGUAUACUCUAAUGGCUCGUUGUGAAGAGCUUGACCGAUCCAUGCAGCCAAUCCAUGUAUUAGCCAAACAAAUUCGUGAAAUCAAGCGAACCUUGGAAGUAUUUGAAGCUGUAUGCAAGUAACUACCGGACAGCGCUUUAACUAUUCCCAUCUACUCAUAGACGUACUACAGUUAAGAAAUAGAAGCGGACACUAUCUUGUUUCAUUUGAUUGAGCUGUUCUGUAUGCUCUGCCUGUGCAGCUCAUUGAAAAACUGUAUGGAAUGAAAGUAUUAACUGAAGAACUCGCAUUCAAUAUGUGCUGGCAGUAAAUUCUUUGGUGACACUCCCAACAAAAAAAGAAGUCUGCAUCGCUGCCAGGUUGCAGACUGCACUUCCACGUUAUGUCGAGAGUUUUCACAUCACUUAGGUCAUGUUUCAUUUUAGCUUUUUGGACUUCUCUUAAACUGUAUUUCUGAAUAAGUUGAUAAAAUAUGUAGUUUGAUUUUAGCCUUGUGGGCAGUAUUUAGGGGCAGAAUAGUUAAUUUUUUUUUGUGGUUAAUAGCAGCCUCAUCUAUAAAUAAGAUGAUACUUUAUUUUCCAUGUUUCUUGAAAUUGUAAUCAUUCCCUUAAGCUUGCCUGCUUGAUUGUGAUUACAUCGUUCAUAUUAUUGCACUAAGCUGAGUACACACCAAGGACAGAAACCUCAGUGUUCACGGGUAAUGGUAAAUUAAUCUUAAAAAAAAAAAAGUGUUAUUUUGGAGUAUGUUGCUUAAUUUGGAAUACUGCAGAUUGCACUUUUAGAACAGGAGAAAAUGUUGCAGGUACCAGUUAUGUUGUCUCAUAAAAGAUAUUCAUAAAAUGUGCUCAGUCCUACCUGCAGCUGUUAGUAUGGUAUAUUUUUGUCCGUAAACUGCAGACUGCAGCCAUUUACUGACCAGUGAAGCAGAAAGGUGGCAUCAGUAAAGGUAGUCCUUAGUAGAGUAUAAAUGCUUAUAUUUCCAAUUAACAGAAACCUAACAUUUCAUUGAUUUAAUUUUUAGACAAUUCCAAUAUUUGAGCACCUGUAACUGAUUCACUUACAAUAACAUUUUCUCUUUGUUUCUGUUUUUCCCACCUGUAAACCUGUCUGGUAUUCUCCAGAUCAUUGUUGAGAUGCUUUUGGAGUUAAAAUUUGCUUGAUUUUUUUUUUUUUUUUUUUUUUUACCUUGGUCCUUUCCUGGGCUUAAAGUUGUGUCAUAACCUCCUAUCUGUGAUAUGGUAAAAAGUGAUUGGCAGCAUUACAUUGUAAUUUGCUUAUCUUUCUUCAUCCUGCUGUUCCACAAAAGGUACGGUGUGGCUUAAAUAGAACUUAACUGCCAGUACAGCAGUCAGUAAAAUAUGUAGUAGUAUUGUCCUGAUGUUUGGAUAUUCUUCAGAUGUGACAGCAAGAACCCUCCCCAUUUCUUGUUUUGUAAUCCUUAGAUUGGCUGCUUUAUUGUUUUCUGAGCCAGUCCAUUGUUCAUGGUUGCUCCAGCAUAAAAGAUUUUGCUUA